AUGGUCCAAGGGAGUUUUAUGAUUCCAGGAAGAAAAGGUGGUGUCUACUGUUUCCCGCUGAGCAGACUGGUGUCGAGAAUUCGCGGCGUCGAGACGGAACUUAUCGACAAUUCAAGACAUUAUAGUAAUUUUCUCCAACCGCAACUCCCCAUCGCGUCAACCGAGAAGAACAUCAAUAAAAGAUCGUUUGUCAUUUCUUUUGGGAGUCUCCGUUCUUCGCAUAGAUACUGCAAACUACUCAUGAUGGCUGCGGGUUACCAGCAUUAUAUCUUCAAAUCAUCGACGAGAAUAUGCUCAAUAUUCAAUGAAGAUAGCAACGUCUAG